AGGAGAGGGCUGGGGAAGGGGCGUGGCUAGGACAGGGCUGGACCAACUGGGCGUGUCCUGCCAGGGAGAGACAGAGAGAGCAGAGCCAGAGGCAUCCAUUGCCCAGAGCGAGGAGGAGGUGGACUUUCCCGGUCGGCUGCCUGGUGUAGAGCAUCCAACGAUGCUGUGUGAUCCAGAGAAGCUGGGACUUUGAGCCUUCAGAAGAGAGUACUCAGUGGUUCGUCACAUUAUCAUCUUCCUUUGAGGUGAACUUUAGGUGACAAUGGGAGACACAAGAGAUGUUUGUCCUCACCUGGAUUCCAUAGGUGAGGUCAGCAAGGAUGACUUGCUGCUCAAAUCCAAGGGAACCUGCCAGUCGUGCAGAGCUGCGGGACCAAACCUCUGGGCUUGCUUGCAGGUUGCUUGUCCUUAUGUUGGGUGUGGGGAAUCCUUUGCGGAUCAUAGCACCCUUCACGCACAGGCCAAAAAGCAUAACCUGACAGUGAACCUGACCACGUUCCGCGUGUGGUGUUAUGCCUGUGAAAAAGAGGUAUUCUUGGACCAGAGGCUGGCAGUGCAUACUCCAUCCCCACCUGCCAAAUUCAGUGAACAGGAUGCUCCGUUGCCUGCUCACCCUCUGAAGGCAGUUCCAAUUGCAGUGGCUGAUGAAGGGGAAUCCGAAUCGGAGGAGGAUGAUCUGAAACCAAGAGGCCUUACUGGAAUGAAAAACCUUGGGAACUCCUGUUACAUGAAUGCAGCACUUCAGGCUCUCUCUAAUUGCCCACCUCUCACACAGUUUUUCCUGGAGUGCGGUGGGCUGGUACGUACGGAUAAGAAGCCAGCAUUGUGCAAAAGUUACCAGAAACUGGUCUCUGAGGUUUGGCACAAGAAGCGCCCAAGCUAUGUUGUUCCAAGCAGCUUGUCUCAUGGAAUCAAACUGGUCAACCCUAUGUUCCGGGGCUAUGCACAGCAGGACACCCAAGAGUUCCUGCGAUGCCUAAUGGACCAGCUUCAUGAAGAGCUAAAGGAACCGGUUGUUGCUGAGGCUAGAGACUCUGACUCCAGUGACAUAGAUGACAAGCGAGAAGGUGACCGUAGCCCCUCGGAGGAUGAGUUCCUCUCUUGUGAUUCGAGCAGCGACAGGGGUGAUAUGGAUGGGCAAGGCAGGACAGGGGGCAUGAGUGGCUCCCUAGCAGAGACAGAGCUGCUGAUUCAGGAUGAGGCCGGGAGAGGGAUCUCUGAGAAAGAGAGGAUGAAAGACAGGAAGUUCUCCUACAGUCACCGGCGGAGCAACUCAGAACAAGUUGAUGAGGAUGCAGAUGUUGAUACCACCAUGAUGCCAAUUGAUGGCAGAGCUUCUCCUGAAACCCUACCUGCUCCCCGCCCUGCCAGCCCAUGUAGGACACCAGAGCCAGACAACGAUGCCUAUGUGCGCUGCUCCUCGCGCCCCUGCAGCCCAGCUCACCAGGAGAUGCACUGCAAGCUGUCUAGCAGCCCCCCUCGCUCCAGUCCUGUGCGACUGGGACCCUCCUAUGUGCUGAAAAAAGCCCAGGUGCUGGCUUCUGGGAAGAAGAAGAAAGAGCUUCGUUACCGCAGUGUUAUUUCUGACAUCUUUGAUGGCUCCAUUCUCAGCCUGGUGCAAUGCCUCACGUGCGACAGAGUGCGUCUCCUUACUGCUUUUAAUCAAGUAUCCACGACAGUGGAGACGUUCCAGGACCUGUCUCUGCCAAUCCCUGGGAAGGAGGACUUGGCCAAGCUGCACUCCGCCAUUUACCAAAAUGUGCCAGCUAAGCCAGGAGCAUGCGGGGACAACUACUCCUCGCAGGGUUGGAUUGCUUUCAUUAUGGAGUACAUCAGGAGGUUUGUGGUGUCCUGUAUCCCCAGCUGGUUUUGGGGUCCUGUGGUCACGCUGGAGGACUGUCUUGCUGCCUUUUUUGCUGCCGAUGAGUUGAAAGGGGACAACAUGUACAGCUGUGAACGGUGUAAAAAACUGCGGAAUGGCGUGAAGUACUGCAAAGUUCUGCGGUUACCUGAGAUCCUGUGCAUCCACUUGAAACGGUUCCGGCAUGAGGUUAUGUAUUCCUUCAAAAUCAACAGCCAUGUCUCCUUCCCUCUGGAAGGGCUGGACCUUCGCCCCUUCCUGGCCAAGGAAUGUGUCUCCCAGAUCACCACCUACGAUCUCUUGUCCGUCAUCUGCCAUCACGGCACAGCAGGCAGUGGGCACUACAUCGCGUACUGCCAGAACGUGAUCAAUGGCCAGUGGUAUGAGUUUGAUGAUCAGUAUGUCACUGAGGUCCACGAGACGGUGGUCCAGAACGCAGAGGCCUAUGUCCUGUUCUACAGGAAGAGCAGUGAGGAGGCCGUGCGGGAGCGGCAGAAGGUUGUGUCCCUCGCCACCAUGAAGGAACCCUGCUUGCUCCAGUUCUAUAUCUCCCGAGAGUGGCUCAACAAAUUCAACACUUUUGCAGAGCCUGGUCCCAUUACCAACCACACGUUCCUGUGCGCACACGGAGGGAUCCCUCCCAAUAAAUACCACUACAUUGAUGACCUGGUGGUGAUUCUGCCCCAGACUGUGUGGGACUAUCUCUAUAACAGGUUUGGGGGCGGCCCUGCCGUGAACCAUCUGUACGUGUGCUCAGUCUGCCAGGUGGAGAUCGAGGCCCUGGCCAAACGCAGGAGGAUUGAGAUCGACACCUUCAUUAAGCUGAACAAGGCAUUCCAGGCUGAAGAGUCGCCCAGCGUCAUCUACUGUAUCAGCAUGCAGUGGUUCCGGGAGUGGGAGGCUUUCGUCAAGGGGAAGGACAAUGAGCCUCCCGGACCGAUUGACAACAGCAAGAUUGCACUCUCAAAAGGAGGUGGCCACGUGCAGGUGAAGCAGGGAGCCGAUUAUGGGCAAAUUUCCGAGGAGACGUGGAUUUACUUGAACACGCUGUAUGGAGGCGGUCCAGAGAUCUCUGUGCGUCAGAACGUAGCGCAGGUGCAGGAGCUGGAGAGCCUGCACGGGGAGCAGAAGAUAGAGGCGGAGACGCGGGCGGUGUGAGCCGUGCUGGACCAAAUGGUGGAGGUACGCCAUGGCAGCCCCGCGUGUCUGGAAAUGUGGGGGAUCGUUGGACUGAAGACCAAGGGGCACAGUCCACCGCAGAGAAAUAGAUUUCCUUUCUGGGUGUGGAGGUGCCCCAGUGAGGAUGUGCUUGCUCCAUUGUCCCUGUAUAACAAUGUAAAACCUCAUGCAGACUCUAGGCUUGGCUGUAAGGAUGCUGCUGGCCAGAAGAACCUUACCAUAACCCACUUCCUGCACAGCCUCGGGGCAUAAAGCUGUGGGGGGGAGACUGUCUCCAAACAAAACUUCAGUGGAAGGACGUUUGGCCCGAGCCCCUCUCUGCUCUCAAGAGCAGCCCAAGUCUGCCUUCAGUGAGUUGAAUCUCUGCUCCUUUGCAGGUUGUGCUUGGCUCUAACUUCACAGGUCUUGCUCCUCGGGAGCAGUUCUGAGCACUUUUUGGAGCUCCAAAGUAUAAAGAAGAAACUUUGUUUUGUUCACAGUGAGUAAUGGUGUGACUAGAGAAACCCUGUUCAUUUGAAGCUGGUUCCAGCCACAAGGGCUGUAGCCUUCGAUUUGUUCUGCUGGGGCACAGGGGACAAAUGUUUUGAGUUUUGCUCUUUUUCUAGUUCUUGCAGCCCAAUUACACCUGAGAAACCUUCUCGAGAGACCGUUUCUCUUCCACUGUCAGCUAAGUAGGUGUGGCCCAGUGCUGCCGACGUCUGUGCUCAUCUGUUCUGCACAUUCUUGGUGAACAAAGCUGGAAGCCUGACUAGUAGCAGCUUCGUCCUGGCCUUCCCCUGGGCCAUUUGCAUUUGUGCAACUUCCUUGGAAUAGUGGACAAGUACCAGGCUUGCAGACUCUGUUCUGAGUUGCUUAAAAUCAAAGGCAUGGCACAGUCAGACUCCAAGCUGCUGAGGCUGGACUGGCCAGUUCUGGGUUCCCCCCACCUCUGUCUCCUUGUCGCAAAAUGUAACCUCUGCAUAUUCCACUCUCACAACACCCCUGCACAGUCCCGGCCUGAUCCGUGGUCCUGAGGAGAAGGGAAAGGGCCUGCUGAGAGUGGGGGAGAACCUCUGAGCCAAGCCAUUCGCUGCAAGAAGCCAGGUAUUAACCCACCUGCAUUGAAAUGUCCCUUUUGAUUCACUGAAUCUUCUCCAGUCCUGCUGGGGAAGGCACCUGGCCGAGAUGUCCCCAGCUAGGGGAUGGCAUCUCUGUCUGCGACUUGAACCUCAUACACCUGCGUGCAAAGCAGCACUGAGCUGCUUCUAGCUUUUCAGGGCAGAUCCUGUUUGGUGUGUACAGUGGCUCAUUUAACGAAUAGUAAUUCCUUGCACCCCCACCUCCUGCUGCUCAUGCAGCCUCCAAGCAGGGGGAGUGGGGGUGGAGGGGGCUGGGUGUGGGAUGGAUGGAGAAUGGCAAACACCAUUUUUAUGUCUCAGCUUUUCAGAAUUACUGAUUGAAACCAGAGAGGUGGCUCCAAACUCCCGCCUGACUCUGGGAAGGGCUCUGGAAACCCUCAAGUGAGGGCAGGGCAGAGUGAGGCUGGCAUGGCUCAUCUGGCUAGGCCAAGGUGCGCCUGGCCCAGCCUUGUGGGUGCCUCCGAGGAGAGCCAUGCUGCAUGCUCACUGUGGUGUCGGUGGUGGGAAUGGAAGGAAAUCACUGCCUCAAGCUGGCCUUGGUGCAGCCUGACUCCUGAGGUAGCUGGGACCUCAUGGGAAGCCCACACGCUCUCCUAGCGCAGAUGAUGAACGAGGGCGGGAGGGGCUGCUGUUUGUCUCACUGCAGGGAAGUAAAACGAGGUGUGGGGGAGGGAGUUUCUGAAAUGAGGCCUUCACAUUUUUUUAGACCAAAUGUUUGCUGCAAACAGCAAGUCGGGGGAGGGAGGGAAUAACCCUGUACAUUGUUCAACGUCUUUCUUUUACUGUCUUGGUUGCCGGGAUCCUUGUCUACGCCCAGCCAGGAAAGCAGGGAGGGGUGUUGGAGAAUGAGCCACUGUUGGAUUGCUCAGUGUUUUAAGGUGGGUUUGUUCGCUGCUGUAGCCAGCGCUGAAUCUAUUGCCGGAGCCUCUAGGGCUGCAUGUUGUGUCUUGUGUCCGUGUUGUCUAGAGGAUGCUGUGCAGGUUGUAAUUACGCUCCCGUGCUCCUGUAUUACACUGUGCUGAGAAUGUGUUACAAUAAAUACACGUGCACUCAA